AUCGAGUUUUUUUCUGUACCUCACACUUCACACUUCACACUCCAUACUUGCCAGCUUCGUCGGCUGUAUACUUUCCCAAUAGCGAUCCAACACGGCCAAGCUGGCUUCCAAAUCUGUGUCAAAAUGAGAUUCUUUUGUUUCUAAAGAUACUGAUUUUUUUAUCUUCUGCUAUUUGUGGAGGGUUGUAUCAGAUAUUCAGAUUGCAUUGCUGAAUUUAGCUGGUUUGAUUUGGUUUGGUUUUUGAUAGCUUAGAGCAGUAAGAAGAAGGGUGCUGAAAAGAGUAGCUCACAAUCAUGAAACUCUUGUGGGUUUUUGGUUUAGUUGGGUUUGUUUUGAGCAGAUGGGUGGAUUGUUUUGAGGAUUUGAAUGUAACAGAGGUUUCUCAUGUCGGGAGUUAUGGAGUGUCCACCAAUCCCUUGAUGGUUGGUCUCUACCUUAUCGGAGGAGCUGCUGCUAAAGGAGCUGUUUGCCUGGAUGGAACUUUGCCUGGUUACCACCUGCAUCAUGGAUUUGGGUCAGGGGCGAACAGCUGGCUCAUCCAAUUGGAGGGUGGAGGCUGGUGUAAUAACAUUAGAACUUGUGUUUACCGCAAAAAAACCCACCGUGGCUCAUCAAAAUAUAUGGAAAAACAAAUCCCAUUUACAGGAAUAUUGAGCAACAAAGCUGAAGAAAAUCCUGAUUUUUUCAACUGGAAUAGAGUCAAACUUCGUUAUUGUGAUGGAGCAUCCUUUAGUGGAGAUAGUCAAGAUGAGGCUGCAGGACUUUAUUUUCGAGGACAACGCAUCUGGUUAGCUGGGAUGGAAGAUUUAAUGUCGAAGGGAAUGCAACAUGCCAAACAGGCUCUUCUUUCUGGUUGCUCUGCUGGGGGUCUGGCAAGUGUACUACACUGUGACGAGUUUCGAGCACUAUUUCCUAGAACUACAAAAGUCAAAUGCCUGAGUGAUGCUGGAUUAUUUCUUGAUGCGACUGAUGUAUCUGGCGGGCGGACUAUAAGAAAUAUGUUUGGAGGUGUGGUUAGCUUACAGGGUGUGCAAAAGAACCUGCCACGUUCCUGUACUAACCGCAUGGAUCGGACUUUGUGUUUCUUUCCUCAAAACUUGAUCGCCAACAUUAAGACGCCACUUUUUCUUCUAAAUGCAGCCUAUGAUGCAUGGCAGCUCCAAGCCAGUUUAGCUCCACCAUCAGCUGACCCACAUGGUUAUUGGCAUGAAUGUAAAUUGAAUCAUGCAUACUGCACUGCAUCACAGAUACGAUUUCUCCAAGGCUUCAGGAACCAUAUGCUCAGUGCUGUAAAAAGCUUCUCAAUGUCCAGGGAAAAUGGUUUGUUCAUAAAUUCAUGUUUUGCACAUUGCCAGACUGAGAGACAGGAUACAUGGUUCGCCGAUGAUUCACCCCUUAUAGGGAACAAGGGGAUUGCACAAUCUGUUGGUGACUGGUAUUUUGACAGGAGAGGAGUCGAGGCAAUCGACUGUCCAUAUCCUUGUGACAAGACUUGUCACAAUCUGGUAUUUAAAUAAGUAAGAAAUAAUUGAUUUGUUUUCUAUGGCUUCUCCCUUAUUUAUUUUAAACAAUUUUAUAUCAUCCAAAAACACUUGGUGCUUAAUAAGGCCAGGGCCUGCGCGAAAGAUAGAUAUUGAUGGGCAAGCUGCUUGCACGCUUAAUGUAGUGGUGCACUUCAGCUAUUGGUGGAUUUGUCAGAUAUCUCCAAAUUUAGCUCUCUACUUAGGGGGAAAAAGUGCUUCAAAUAGCUCCCCCCCUCAACACUUUUAAUCCUAUGUUGAAAUAAUCUUAUGUGCAAUCUAAAAUUAUCGCUUUUUAAAA